CCUCCUCCACACCACAGACGCGGAGCUCCGGAUAAAACUCCUCAAUCCUCAUCAUCCUCGAUCCUAAACCCCUCCAUUCCCCACUGCUAGCUGCUCCCGCAUGGAGGUCUCCACCUCCUCCAUGCCCCAAGCCCUCAGCCUCCUCACCUCCUCCCCCCGCCUCCUCUGUCUCCACCCUUCCGCCCGCCGGCACUGCCGCGGUGGCGGUGGAGGGCUCCUGCUGCGGCCUCCGCUUCGCCGGAGGCUUGAGCUGGGGUACCGUGCCCGCCGCCCGUUAGGAUGCUCUCUCAGCGGCUCUUCGGCCGCCGCGGUAGACGUGCUGGGUGGCUCGGUGGUCGCCACGGCCGCUCUCCUCGCCGCCUUGCAGCUGGUUUGGCUCAGGUGGCGCGGCGCAAGGCAUAGGGAAUUUCAGGUUUUACAUACACAGGACAAAAGCAUUGUAGAUAAGGCCCAUGGAACAACACCACAGUCGGAAUAUGAUAGUAACCAUGCACGUUGUGCAACUCAGGAAAAUAGCUUUUCCGAGCUAUCUGUUUCUGGAGAAAGGACUACUCAGGAAGCGGAUUGCCGGGCUGGUAUCUCGCCUGUGUAUACUGUAAAUAAGACGACAGAGGCUGUUCCCGUUAUUACUCCAGGGACAAUGUUACACAAAUUAGUUGAUGUAUCUGGGCCAGAAGAAGUUAGUUGCUCAACAUCAGAAGAAACAACAGAUUCUACAGAAAACUUCAUGAAUGUUCUUGCCGCACCACAGUUCGGUCCACCAGGACAACAUAGAAGCAAGUAUAUCUCUAACAGAAUUGGCUGGCAAGGUGGACUCUCGCACCAAUUUUUGUCCCUUUCAGAACGACAAAAACAUGCUCGAAAGGGCAAAGGUCCUACUCACAGCCAAACAGACAGUGAGAAUGCGAAUUUACUUCAAUGCCAUCAGAGUGAUGAUGAGGAAAAUAUUGAUUUCACAUCUCUUUCAUCCUUCAAGCAAAAAGAGGAAUACGCUCUCGGUUUUGUUCCCCAGACCGGCAUUGGAAAUUUGUACAAACCAAGAAAAGCAUUUGAUUUUUCAGAUUCAUAUGUACGAGGCUCUCAGUUGGCACCAGGGAAAUUUGUUCCAGUUGCAUGCUUAAGGGAAGGUCCUGCAAGUAAACAUCAGAAAGCAGUGAAAGAUCAUGAUGAUGCAAAAACUAUUGGCUGGAGUAUUACCGAUCUACUGAGCAAGGAGAAUCUAGAUAACUUCAUUCCAGCAAACACACUUGGAUUAAACGGCACAGUGGAUACAUCAGAUUAUACAAGGAGAUACAAGAGUUCGUUAAUGAAUGGAAGGUUGAAGGACUGUGUGGAUUUGUUGGAAAGCAUGGAACAGAAGGGAUUGCUUGAUAUGAAGAAGAUCCAUCAUGCCAGCUUUUUGAGUGCCUGUAAGAAGCAAAGGGCUGUUAUGGAAGCUGUUCGCUUCUGCAGAUUAAUUGAAAAUCCGAAAAUGAGCACCUUCAAUAUGCUUUUAUCCGUUUGUGCUAAUUCACAAGAUUUUGAAGGAGCCCUCCAGGUUAUGGUGCUCCUAAAGGAGGCUGGGCUAAAACCUGAUUGUAAACUUUACACGACACUGAUAUCAACUUGUGCAAAGUGUGGAAAAGUUGAUGCGAUGUUUGAGGUCUUCCAUGAGAUGGUAAGUGCUGGAAUAGAACCGAAUGUUAACACAUAUGGCGCACUAAUUGAUGGCUGUGCUAAAGCUGGACAAGUGGCAAAAGCGUUUGGUGCCUAUGGGAUCAUGAGUUCAAAGAAGGUGAAGCCAGAUCGAGUUGUCUUCAAUGCUUUGAUCAGUGCAUGCGGUGAAUCUGGAGCUGUUGCUCGAGCAUUUGAUGUUUUAUCAGAAAUGACAGCAGAAGCCUCAGAAUCGAAAGGAGGCAAGCCAAUUCUUCCUGAUCAUGUCACAGUUGGAGCACUCAUGAAGACAUGUAUUCAGGCUGGCCAGGCUGAUCGAGCUCGUGAGGUUUACAAAAUGCUUCAGGAGUACAGUAUAAAAGGUACCCCAGAAGUUUACACAAUUGCACUCAGAAGCUGUAGCUUGACUGGAGAUUUAGGGUUUGCACUGAAGAUCUAUGAAGAUAUGAACAAGAUCGGAGUUCAACCUGAUGAGAUGUUUCUGAGUGCUCUAGUUGAUGUAGCUGGACAUGCUAGGAGGGCUGAUGCUGCUUUCGAAAUAAUCAAAGAUGUCAGAGCAAAGGGAUUUCAUGUUGGAAUCAUGGCAUACAGUUCCUGCAUGGGCGCUUGCUGCAAUGCCAAAGACUGGAAAAAGGCGCUGCAACUAUUUGAGGAGAUUAAGGCGAUCAAAUUAAUUCCAACAGUUCCCAUGAUGAAUGCUUUGAUCACUGCCCUUUGUGAUGGUGAUCAAGUUUUGAAGUCUGCUGAGGUCCUUAACGAGAUAAAGGAAUUUGGUGUCCGUCCAAAUGAGAUAACCUAUUCUGUCUUAUGUGUGGCUUGCGAAAGAAAUGGUGAAGCACAACUAGGUCUUGAUCUAUUUGAACAAUUAAAAAGAGAUGGUAUUGACCUCAAUCCCACCAUUGUUGGUUGUCUUACUGGUUUGUGUCUACAAAUGUUUUCCAAUGAUCUUUCACUUGGCAACAUCAUUGUUAGAUUCAACCAAGGGAAGCCACAGAUUGACAAUAAAUGGACCUCCUCAGCAAUUAUGGUCUUCCGUCACGCAAUCACAGUCGGUCUGUUACCCUCAAGUGAUGUUUUAUCUCAAGUGCUAGGAUGUUUGAGGUUUCCUCAUGACAGUUCAUUGAAAAGUACUUUCAUUGAUAACAUGGGAAUAAGUUGUGAUAUGCCACAUCACCCCAAUACAAAUUCACUGUUGGAAGGAUUUGGUGAAUAUGAUAUUCGGGCUUUUUCAAUACUGGAGGAAGCUUCUUUGUUAGGAGCAGUUGCAAGUACUUCCACCAAACAUACUCAAAUUUUCAUUGAUGCAAGAAGUUCAAAGAUCUACACAGCCGAGGUUUCUCUUCUAGCAACAUUGAAGUCAAUGAAGCAUCGACUAGCUGCAGGUGCAAGAUUACCGAAUGUUACAAUUCUGUUGCCCACAGAAAAGAAACAAGUUGAUCUUGAUGAAAGAGAGAAAACACUUAAACUUGCUGGAAGAGUUGGUCAAGCAGUUGGCUCCCUGCUGAGGAGAUUAGGAAUUAAAUAUCAAGGCGAGGAGUCCCACGGGAGGAUGAGGAUCAAUGGCCUCACACUAAGAAGGUGGUUUAAUCCGAAAUUCACAAGCACACCCUCCACAGGAGCUCCAGCUGAGUUGCUUCCACUACCCUCGCGGUUAGCAAAGGGAUUUCCGAUCAGCAGCGCGAUAUCAGAAGCCUUUCUCUAUAACACAGGUUUUACCUUUUCUGUGACCCACCUUUUGCAUACGAAGAAGGCAAUUACUGUACAGCACCAGCAGAUCUCAGAUACUAGUUGGACAAAAAUAAUAGGUUGUCAGAAUAUGUGGAAACGUUGUUAGACGGAAAAGAAACACCAAGACAGCGGACAGUUUUGUGCAGCAGGUUUGCCCAAAUGGAUUGCAGGGUCUAGAAUAUGAAGCUUUCUUUUUUUUCUUUUACGUGCCCUCAUUCUGUCUGACAAAUCUCUGAGUUGAUGACUUCAAUUUUGUAUCAUAGUCGCAUAUACAAGUUUGUGAAACGUUUCCACUAAUAUCUAAUGGUAUUACUCUCUCGAAACA